GGAAGGGGGAAAAAAGCUUCUCCUCCCUUUCGCUUCCGCAUUGCGGCACCAAUCGCCUCCACCCACCUCAGGUCUCCUCGCCGCCGCCCCCAUCCGCUUCUAGGGUUUCGGUUCCAUGCGAUCUUGCCGCGGCGGCGGCGGCCGGAAAUCCUAGGUGGGAGGACUCUCUCCUCUGAAGUUUGAAUCUGAGGUCGUGACCGGAAUGGGCAAGGGCGGGCAGGACGAGGGCGGGCGGCGGGACGGAUCCGACGCAUCCGGGUCGGAGCCGGCCGCCGCGGCCUUCCCGGCGUGGGCGCGCACGCCGGGGGAGUGCCUCGCGGAGCUGGGCGUCGCGGCGGACCGCGGGCUCAGCUCCGAGGAGGCUGCCGCGCGGCUGCAGCGGUACGGGCCCAACGAGCUGGAGCGGCACGCGGCGCCGUCGGUGUGGAAGCUAGUGCUCGAGCAGUUCGACGACACGCUCGUGCGCAUCCUCCUCGCCGCGGCCGUGGUGUCGUUCGUGCUCGCGCUCUACGAUGGCGCGGAGGGCGGCGAGGUCGGGGCCACCGCCUUCGUGGAGCCUCUCGUCAUCUUCCUCAUCCUGAUAGUGAACGCCGUCGUCGGGGUCUGGCAGGAGAGCAACGCCGAGAAGGCGCUCGAGGCGCUGAAGGAGAUCCAGUCCGAGCACGCAACCGUCAAGCGUGACGGCCGGUGGUCCCAUGGGCUUCCAGCGCGCGACCUCGUCCCCGGUGACAUCGUGGAGCUCCGUGUUGGGGACAAGGUCCCUGCAGACAUGCGUGUGCUCCAGCUUAUCAGCUCCACCCUCCGCGUUGAGCAGGGCUCCCUCACUGGUGAGACUGCUUCAGUUAACAAAACCAGCCAUAAAAUCGAGCUGGAGGACACAGACAUCCAGGGCAAGGAGUGUAUGGUCUUUGCCGGCACUACAAUUGUCAACGGCAGCGCUGUCUGUGUCGUGACGGGCACUGGAAUGUCCACCGAAAUAGGCAAGAUCCAUGCACAGAUCCAGGAAGCAUCACAAGAGGAGGAUGACACGCCACUGAAAAAGAAGCUCAACGAGUUUGGGGAGGCACUGACGGCCAUAAUUGGGGUUAUCUGCGCCUUGGUUUGGCUUAUCAAUGUGAAGUAUUUCCUCACCUGGGAGUAUGUGGAUGGGUGGCCCAGGAAUUUCAAGUUCUCGUUCGAGAAGUGCACCUAUUACUUUGAGAUUGCAGUGGCACUGGCUGUUGCAGCCAUCCCAGAGGGUCUGCCUGCUGUUAUCACCACAUGCCUGGCGUUAGGCACGAGGAAGAUGGCGCAAAAGAAUGCACUUGUGAGGAAGCUGCCAAGUGUUGAGACACUCGGUUGCACCACAGUGAUUUGCUCCGAUAAGACAGGAACUUUGACCACCAAUCAGAUGUCAGCAGUGAAACUCGUGGCAAUUGGGAGGUGGCCUGAUACGCUUAGGUGCUUUAAGGUUGAUGGAACCACUUAUGAUCCAAGCGAUGGGAAGAUAAAUGAAUGGCCAAGUUUGAGCAUGGAUGAAAAUCUUCAGAUGAUUGCCAAGACUGCUGCAGUUUGCAACGAUGCAAGUAUUGCACACUCUGAGCAUCAGUGGGUUGCCACUGGGAUGCCCACGGAGGCUGCUUUGAAGGUUUUGGUUGAGAAAAUGGGGCUUCCUGGUGGCUAUACUCCAUCCCUGGAUUCAUCUGAUUUGCUAAGGUGCUGUCAAUGGUGGAACAAUGCUGCUAAGAGAGUAGCCACUUUGGAGUUCGAUCGUACUAGAAAAUCAAUGGGAGUUAUUGUAAAAAAGGCAGAUUCUGGAAAGAAUUUGCUGCUUGUCAAGGGAGCAGUAGAAAAUUUGCUAGAAAGGAGUGCCUAUAUUCAGCUGCUCGAUGGAUCUGUUGUGCUUCUGGAUGAAAGUGCCAAGGCACUCAUAUUAUCGACACUCCGUGAAAUGUCUGCUAGUGCAUUGCGCUGUUUGGGUUUUGCAUACAAGGAGGAUUUGGCAGAAUUUGCAACCUACGAUGGUGAAGAGCAUGCCGCUCACAAAUAUCUACUUGAUCCUGCAUACUACUCUUCCAUAGAGAGUAAUUUGAUAUUCUGUGGUUUUGUUGGUCUAAGGGAUCCUCCCCGUGAAGAAGUUCACAAAGCAAUUGAAGAUUGUAGAGCUGCUGGAAUACGCGUUAUGGUGAUUACUGGUGAUAACAAAGAAACAGCAGAGGCAAUAUGCCGUGAAAUUGGAGUUUUUGGUUCUGCUGAAGAUAUUAGUUCAAAGAGCUUCACAGGGAAGGAAUUCAUGUCUCUUUCUGAUAAAAAGAAACUCUUAAGGCAAACAGCUGGCCUUCUCUUCUCUAGGGCUGAACCAAAACAUAAACAGGAGAUAGUUAGAUUGCUCAAAGAGGAUGGUGAGGUGGUUGCGAUGACUGGUGAUGGAGUGAAUGAUGCACCAGCACUGAAAUUGGCUGAUAUUGGAGUUGCAAUGGGAAUUACAGGGACUGAGGUUGCAAAAGAAGCUUCAGAUAUGGUGCUUGCAGAUGAUAACUUCAGCACAAUAGUCGCAGCAGUUGGUGAAGGGAGGUCCAUCUACAACAAUAUGAAGGCCUUUAUAAGAUAUAUGAUCUCUUCAAACAUUGGGGAAGUUGCUUCAAUAUUUCUAACAUCAGCUUUAGGUAUCCCUGAAGGCCUCAUCCCUGUGCAACUUUUGUGGGUCAAUCUUGUUACAGAUGGUCCUCCUGCAACGGCAUUGGGGUUCAAUCCACCUGAUAAAGAUAUCAUGAAGAAGCCUCCACGAAGAAGUGAUGACUCAUUGAUCACUCCAUGGAUCCUGUUCCGUUAUAUGGUUAUUGGGAUGUAUGUUGGGAUUGCCACAGUUGGAGUCUUCAUCAUUUGGUACACACAUGGCUCUUUCCUAGGAAUUGACCUGGCUGGUGAUGGUCACUCUCUUGUCUCAUACUCCCAGCUCUCAAACUGGGGCCAAUGCUCCUCAUGGGAGGGUUUCAAGGUGUCACCAUUCACAGCAGGUGCGCACACAUUCAACUUUGAUGCGAACCCAUGCGAUUACUUCCAAGGCGGCAAAAUUAAAGCGACAACCCUCUCUUUGUCUGUCUUGGUGGCCAUUGAGAUGUUCAACUCGCUGAAUGCUCUGUCUGAGGAUGGUAGCCUUCUGAGCAUGCCUCCGUGGGUUAACCCUUGGCUUCUUCUGGCAAUGUCGGUUUCAUUUGGGCUGCAUUUCCUGAUCCUCUACGUGCCUUUCCUUGCCCAAGUCUUUGGUAUUGUACCCCUAAGCUUCAACGAAUGGCUUUUGGUGAUAGCAGUGGCCUUCCCAGUGGUUCUGAUUGACGAGGUUCUUAAAUUUGUUGGGCGGUGCUUGACAGCACGUGCCAGAAAACAAUUGGGGAAGCGUAAGGAAGAGUAGAUGCUAGUGGUAAGUAUUUAGAUUUCUUAGUUCUGUCACGAGGAACCGGCACCUGAUGUAGAACAAACAUUAUUUUUUCUCGAGUUCCAAAAGCUCUCGUUCUUUGCUGAGAGAAUGCAACAUGACUAUGCACCGAAGUUAGGUACUCUAUAGAACUCAUAAUCAGGCAGAGAUACAAACCGCAUUUAUUCAUUGUAACUGAGAUUGUUAUUUGUGAAUGUGCUGGAGACACAGCAUGUUUGCCUGCUCAGC